AUGGACAAUUCUCAAUUUCGAGCUUUGCUUCAGACUGAUUCAAAAGGCCCGAGUCCUAAAAAUGAUACUACAGCCCCGGGCUUCAAAAAGCCCACCUUGGGCUCGCGGAUGCGUUCCUCCGUUCCCAUGACCCCCAGGUCUGUCGGAGGAUAUAAUGCCACCCGUGAUUUCGCGAAACAAGUUGCUGAGCACGAGAGGAACUCCGAUGGUCAACCUCCAACCAAGAAGUUCAAAUCGAACGCAGCUCCCAAAGGCACAAAACUCGCUGCAGGGUAUUCCGACCGCACGAAUGCACGCAGAACUGGAGAAGACGGUGAACUGGAAAAAGACGACAAAGAGAAGAGGCUGAAAGCCUUGGAAGAAAUGUAUAAAUUGCAACAGAUCGAUCAAGCUACACUCGAACAUCUCAAGCGCGAGAUCGGCAUUGGGGGCACCCUUGGUACCACUCAUCUGGUCAAAGGACUCGACUGGACGCUGUUGGAGAGGGCUCGUCGUGGUGAAAACCUGAAUGCGACCCCGUUAUCGGAGCAAGUGAAGGAUAACGACGACGACAAGAUCGAUCUCGAUGAUGAACUAGAUCAUGCCCUUGAGAAUGAUGUGGCAGCGAACACAGCCCCUUCUCGUAAGGAGGCGGCAGAUAUGCAAUCCAAAGAAAACACUGCACCACAAGCUACCACACGAGACGAAAUUUUACGUAAACUGAAGGAGAGCCGAAUGGGGAGAACGAUCUCGGACCGGAUCCCAGAGCCAUCACUUGGAGACAAAUUUAAGAAGGUCGGGUCAGAACCCAAACCAACCAAGAAGAAAUUUAUCGAGAAUAUCGACGGGCGCCGGAGAGAAGUUCUUCUGAUAACCAAUAAGGACGGCACUACGAAACGGAAAACCCGGUGGCUGGACAAGGUAGAAAACACUGUACAGAAGGAUAGUGCACCACUUGGCAUGCAAGUACCAGCGGAAUUUCUAGCAAAACAAAAAGAAUGGCAGGAAAAAGAAGAUGCUGAAGACGACGACGAUAUCUUUGGUGGCGUUGCCGAAUACAAUCCGUUGGCAGGACUCAAGAGCGAGAGCAGCGAGUCUGACAACGACGAGCGCAAUCCCGACCAGCGAGAUGUUCAUGCAACCCCUGAAAAAGGAGCUAAUGGCCGAAGACCAAGGAAUUACUUCGACGCACAAAAUGAAAGCGGACAGGGUGAGGAUCGUUCGAAUCCUAUCACAAAAGAUCCGACAUUACUUGCGGCUCUGAAACGAGCGGCCACAUUACGCAGGGAGGAAGGCAAAGGAAGAGAUGGCGGUGAUAAUGUGCACGAUUCGGAUCCAAACCGGGAAGCAAAGCAAAGACAGUUUUUGGCACGACUGAAAGAGCAAGACCGUGCAGACGCAGCAGACCUGGAUCUUGGCUUUGGUGAAAGUCGAUUUGGAGACGACGACGACGAGGAUGGUGAAGUUUGGGCGGGCGAGAAGGGCGAAGCGAAGAAACCAGCCAGGAAGCGAGGAGGAAAGAAACGCAAGGGCGAUAAAGAUAAUGUCAACGAUGUGAUGAGCGUGCUCGAGGGUCGGACAAAGGCGUGA